AUGACAUUUCUUAAACUUUUUCACACACUGACAGCCUCCACUGUUUUGUCUGACAUAUAUUUAUCUCCUCUCUCUAUCCCUUUCUAUUCUCCCCUCUCUCUAUCCCUUUCUAUUCUCCCCUCUCUCUAUCCCUUUCUAUUCUCCCCUCUCUCUAUCCCUUUCUAUUCUCCCUCUCCCCUAUCCUUUCUCCCCUCUCUCUCCCUUUCUAUUCUCCCCUCUAUCCCUUUUCUAUUCUCCCCCUAUCUCUAUCCCUUUCUAUUCUCCCUCUCUCUAUCCCUUUCCUUUCUAUUCUCCCUCUCUCCCUUUCUAUCCCCCUCUCUAUUCUUUUCCCUCCCCUCUCUCUAUCCCUUUCUAUUCUCCCUCUCUCUAUCCCUUCCUUUCUAUUCUCUAUCCCUAUUCUCCCUCUCUCUAUCCCUUUCUAUUCUCCCCUCUCUCUAUCCCUUUCUAUUCUCCCCUCUCUCUAUCCCUUUCUAUUCUCCCCUCUCUCUAUCCCUUUCUAUUCUCCCCUCUCUCUAUCCCUUUCUAUUCUCCCCUCUCUCUGUUUCUUUCAUUCUUUCUUUGCAGUUGUGUGUACCCUUUCCACCAAGUCAUCGCCUUACAAUGAGUGAGGUUUUUGAUUCUCGAGGCAAACCAAAGCCAGAUGUGCUCAAGCAACAUUUUGUACUGGAAGGCAGGGUUACCGAGGAUGUAGCAUUAAGGAUUAUUAAUGAAGGAGCUGCAUUGCUUCGGCAAGAAAAAACUAUGAUUGAUAUUGAAGCACCUGUCACAGUCUGUGGUGAUAUUCAUGGACAAUUUUAUGACUUAAUGAAGUUAUUUGAAUCUAAAUUGGCACAGAAAAUUCUGUCUGUGUCUGAAACCCAACCUGCAACAAACAUAUUAUUAUCUCUUUUUCCUUCAUCUGGAGAUUAUGUAGACAAAGAGGAUAUUUUUUUAAUGCAUAGAGAUUUUAAGUUUUUAAUUUAUAUUCCAUUUAAAGUAACGUAG